AUGCUCAAGUCAUCGGCCUUAUCUUUUGGAGAAAUCCAAGCACUGGAUGUCCUGCGGAGACACAAGGAAGCACGUCUUCGAGAGUUUCCCAGCCAGGAGCAGGCCGAGAACUUCGUUCAAUUCGGUUUCGAGAGCCGCGAGGAUCAGGAGGAGCACAAGGAACACCACCAGGAGCUGCCUCCAGUCAUCAGCGAGCGUUCAUCCUUUCACUCCCCCGCCAAGCAAGAGUUACAGGAGUUCCGUAAACUAAUCGAGGCUGGAAAUCUGGAGCAGGUCAAGCGGUUUGUCUGGCAAAAUCCUCGUUAUCUUAUCAGCAGUGGGGAUACUCCAACCAGCCUCAAGGAAGGUCCUCGCUACAAUGCCAUGCACAUCUGUGCCCAGUUAAACCGAUCCAGUAUUGCAGAGUUCCUUCUAGAAACCAUUGCGGAUCCUGAAUUUGCCCAGCUUUACAUUGACAAGGAAGUUAGUCCUGAAAUAAGCAUAGAUUUUAGUAAGAACCUGCUGGAUUUAUAUCUCAAUAUGCCGGAUAAGGCACGUGGAGAGACUCCACUCCAUUUCGCUGCCAAGAAUGGUCAUGUGGAUGUGGUCGAGGUGCUCAUCGGUUAUUUGCAAUGCAAAUCGCUGCCAAAUCGUGAGGGCAAGGAACCCAAGGACAUCAUCUGCCAGCGGAAUAAUCAAGUCUCUCAGGAAACCCUCAAGAAGCUGGAGCUUCUGUUGGAUGAACCAUAUUACGUACCCGUACUGAGAUGACAGAAUGAAGUGCCUCCUGAAGUGGGUCGACCUUAUUCACCCAAAGAACCACCAAACUUGGUGUUGAUGAAGGAGGAAACCAAGGGUCUUAGGGUUAAUCUAGUUAUCAGUGCCCUGGCAGGACCCAUGUCCCAAGAUCAGGCCUUGAAGUUCUAUCGUCGCUGGAGGACACCUCCUCCUCUAGGCAGCAGCUCGAUGUCUCUGGCCAGUUUGCCAUUCACUUCGCCUGUGAAGAUGACGCCCAGUAAGAUGAGUUCAUUGAAGAUGUUGCCCAGGAAGCUGUUUAAAUCAGACUCAGAGGAGAAGCUGAACACUGAAGAUUCCUCAUUGCCAGAUCUGAGCCAGGAGCUAUCGAUGUACACUCUAAACGACAACUUUCGAGAGCGUCACAUCAAGAACUCGGACAUGGGUAAGGGUCUGGAGAUAGUGGGACGCCAACUGGCCCAUGAAGAGCAUCUAGAAUGGCGGGAAUACUGGGAGUUUCUGGACGCCUAUGCGGACAUUGGUUCUUCCAAGGGAUUGGCUCUACUAAAGGUUAUCUGAAAUCAAGGAUGUCUC